AUUCAAGGUUCGCCGUCGUAAGAAUCCCCUCCCGAGUCGUCUCCGUAGCUGUAAAACCCAUCAUCAGCCCAUACAACCAGAAUGGACGGCCGUGACAAGAAAAUUGCGUGUAUCGUGGGCGCCACCGGCAACCAAGGAGGCUCCGUUGCCCGGCGAUUUCUCGAAGCCGGCUUCCACGUCAGGGCCCUCACGCGCGACACCAACUCGGCGGCGGCCAUCGAGCUCACCGAACAGGGUGCUGAGCUUGUCUCGGCCGAUCUGGGCGAUGUCCAGACGCUGAAGUCCGCGUUCUCGGGAGCCAAUGUCAUCUUCAGCGUCACCAACUACUGGGAGCCCUUCUUCCGUCCCGACUGCCGCGCUGCCGCCGAACAGCAGGGCGUGUGCUGUCGCGAGUACGCCGGGGACGUCGAGCGCCUGCAGGGCAGAAACAUUUCAGAUGCCGCCGCCGCGACAGUUGCGUCGCUCGAUCCUAAUGGGUUCCUGGUCUCGACCUUGAGCCACGCUGAAAAGUGCAGUGGUGGCAAGUUUAAGGACCUAUAUCACUUUGACGCAAAAGCAGACAUCUUCCCGACAUAUGUCGAGGAGACAUACCCCGAGCUUGCUGCCAAGAUGUCCUGCAUCCAAACUGGCUUCUUUUACACGAGCUUCAACAUCUUGCCGAACUCGUACUUUGGUAGACAAGCCGACGGUAGCGUAGAAAUGGCAUUCCCAACGUUACCAAACAAGGCCGUGCCGCAUUUAGACCCAGUCGGUGACUUGGGCAACUUCACCUACGCCGUGUACCAGAUGCCCGCGGGCAAAGCCUACAUGGCGGCUGGGACGAUCGGCACCUGGCCCGAGUUCCUGGAGACAUGGAGCAAAGUCUCAGGGUACCCAGCGAAAUACAAGCACAUCACUACGGACGAGAUGGUAGCCGCGACCCCAGACAGGGAUUGCGGAAUCGAAGUGGCAGCCAUGUUUGCGUACUCGUCCGACCCGGGAUACGACGGCGGCAUGGACCUGCUCACGGCCGAAGACAUUCGCAAGGCUGGGAUUGCGUGUCCGAUGACGUCCUGGCAGCAAUGGGCAGCCAGACAGGACUGGCAGGCCAUCAUGGAGCGUUUGGGGCAGUAACUGCGCAGUGAUGGGAGCCGUGCCAAUGCCUGCUCGAAUUUCCACGGAGGCAGGCAGCUGAAGCCGCAUUUGACUGAGUUUUGGAACAAUAAAACACACUUGAACGAUGGCG